AUGAAGAGUGACCUACUGGAACUAUUGGCCAAUGUCAAUACAGACCCAUUAGCCAGGAAAAAAAGCAGAGAGUCUUCUAAAUGGAAUUCCAUGUAUCGAAAAAACGUUAACAAUUACUUUAAUAACAAUGGAAAAAGAAGCAACGGCAUUUUUAACACUCCUGGUGGCAAAUCCACAAAUUUCACAAAUAGAUUGUUAAAAACAACUAUUCCAAACCAAGGAAAUGAAGAUUCAGACUUGCAAGACAGAGAGGAUGUAGAAGACGAGGAGCAAUUACAAACAUUGUUUUUGCAGAAGAAGACAAUGCUGAACUAUACUCCAGACUGA